AUGGAUUCACAGUUCCCGGCUUCACGAGAAGAACUAUACCAUGUUCAAAUGGACGUGAAGCAUGUACAAGCCGUACAAAUCAACCAUUCCGACCGCCUCAUGAGAUUGGAGAAGCGCCAGGCGGACGAUGCCGCUCUCAAAUCUGUUUGGGGUACAAAUUCUCCGUUUCCUGGCAUUUUGAGCGGUACUCCCCAACAAGGCCCUGUUCAUAACUCCCCUACGGAUGUUUUCGAUGACUUUGAUGACGAAGAAGAGCAAAAUCUACUCGGGAGUCUUCAUCUAGAUAACGAUGAGGAGCCAGUGCGUAGAGGUACUUCGAGAGCGAAUAGUGUACGCUUCGACGUGAGCGCUCUACAGGGGUCACAUUGGGCACAAGCAUCAAGGGCGUCAGGAGAGUUUGGUCCCGCUCGCCCGACUAGUGGAUUUGGCAGUCAUCCUAUGACUGAGCGGUCCUCAUCGCAUAAGUCAGAUGGGAGGCAUAGCUCUGCUGGUCACUCUGUCCACUCCACCCAUUCUGUUCCCUCUGGACGCACAAGUAGCCUAGGCUUGGAUACCAAUUUCAUGAUCGGCGACCCGGACGAUGAUUCACCCUUGGAAAUACCGGACCCUCCUCCAGGUCUGUUUAUCCUCGGUUCAGUACCUUCCAUCAUCAGAUGCUGGCUUACGGUCAACUUUUCUCACAGUGCACUCCUAUAUGCCGAUAUUUGUACAGGUUCACAAAAGUCGGUCCUUGACUAUUCGCUUGUAAAAGAGCUUGGCCUAAUGAAUCAAAUGCAAAAGGAUCCAACAAAUGGCCGUUAUGUUAUCAGGCUACCUGUGUAUCUUCCAGAAGCAAUUAUAACGCAAUCGUCUUCUAGAGUUAAUAGUCCCGGCCCUCAUUUACCGACUCUCACAGCAGAUUUCGAGGUAGUUGGCAUGAAUCAACGAUCCUUUGCCGAUCUCAAAAGAUCAAUACGUGUAUUUAUUGGCAGUGAUACUCUACGUGCGCACAACGCAGAUAUACUCUUCUCGCAAAACCUCAUGACACUCUUCGGCGAUGAUCGUAACAAACUGUCUGUGCCAUUCGUGCGACCGGAAGACGAGCUUCUUUUCAAGAAUUUGUGCACCGCAAAUAUCCCACCUGAAAGAAAUGAACUCAAAGCAACGGCUCUUCCUUUUACGCCCAGUGAACAACGAUCCAAGAUUGAACCUACGAACGCAGGUGAUGUAGUUGCUGGGUCACGUGCUGACCAUGUCAAGCCCAUAGACAAAGACGCCCAAUGUCAAAGUGUUACAAACCCACAAACCAACUCUGCCGCCACGUCUUCAUCACCUGUUCACAGUAUUCCCCCUAUGUUGGAAGCUGAGACUUUUAUGAAGAGCAGUGGCAGUACUUCAGACUCGGAAAGUUUACACAAAUUGGACCAAGGCGUGGCCGAUGCAAACAAAGUCGAGUCCACGAACGCAGCUGAUGCGCUCAAGCGCGAAACGCCUAUGGGGACUUGGGCUUCAUGGCGGCAAGGCAGUACACCACUGAAUGGUGAUCACAAUAGUGAUUCUACUAGUGGGUAUCAAAGAGCAGUCCGCGGAGGUCGAAGUAUGAAGGUGCUAAAACCAUCAAAAUCCAUUUCGUCUCCAUCAAAUCUAGCUGCUAGUCGUUCGUCGUCUGGUGCAAGAACAGGUGCAUCUUACGAACCGGCGCCUUCAAGAUCAAUUGCUGAUCUCAAACGCAAGGAUCAACCCAAUGGGACUGAUAAAUCACAGCUUCGUUGGGAACCAAAGAGAGUAAGUUCAGAGGAUCAGAAGAGUGCUAAAGUGAUUACAACCAUUCCGCGAUCCUCAAAUCCAGUAGGCGGUGCUUCAGCUUUCGCGUGGAUGAACUCCAGCAAGCCGAAGGUUUCUGUCGCCCCCACAGACUCCUGA